CUGUCGGCGCCGAGUGUCACACAUGCGUGCAAAUAAAGUUUUACAAACGCACUUCCGGCAGGAUUUGUUUUCCGGAAGUCGAAAGUGCUAUAAAAAAGGUCCUAUCACGUGAACAGCAACAAGUAAAUCAAGAACUUGACUGCAGUGCUCUUUGUCAACAGCUUUAGGACUAUAUCAGCCAUCAAUGGUCAUUUAUGCUGGCUGGAAACUCACUACUUCUGAGUUAAUAAAACAAAAUACUUGAUGGCAUACGAAGAAAGAAAUUCAGAUGUAGUAAAUAGUACCCAGGAUCACUUAGAAUUGGCUCCUCGUCAAGAUGAAGAAGAAGGUACUUCUGCACCUGUAAUGAAUGAGCCUACUGAGAGUGACUCUCACUUAAGUAAAGAUGGUUCCAAUGAUCCCUUCACAGGUGGAGGAGAGGCAGAAAAUACUUCACAAGACGAUCAAGAACACACUGAAGAUGAGGAUGAAGAAGAGGAUUCUGACAGUAUGGAUGAAACUGGACAUUAUGCUUUGACUGAUGAAGCAGGAGACAGUGAUGGUGGAGGUGGUGAUCAUAGACGACAGAGGAAACGCAGACGGGAUAGAAGUAGGGGUCACAGUACUUCCAGCUCUGGAGAUGAGGAUAAUGAAGUGGAAGAUGGUGAUGCUGAAGAAGAUGAUCAGGCACUUGAAGAAUGGCUGAGGUCUGAGGUUAAAGAAAUGGGGACUCCUGACUGGAAAGCAGUUCAUGCACUUAGGGCUAGAGAAAUUGGAAAAGGUGUGCCACACUUUCCACGCCGGGCCUGUGGAGCCAGAGGUCUGGUCCAGCGAUUUCAAAUGCAGGGCAUCCUUGAAAGACACACGGGAUGUGUGAAUACACUUCAUUUUAAUCAGUCAGGAACAAGAUUAGCUUCUGGCAGUGAUGAUUUGAAAGUAAUCAUUUGGGACUGGGCAAGAAAAAAAGCAGAACUGGAAUUUGAUAGUGGACAUAAAAGUAACGUCUUUCAGGCCAAGUUCCUGCCCCACAGUGGUGACUCAACUCUUGCAAUGUGUGCCCGUGAUGGUCAAAUUCGUGUGGCUGAACUGUCUGCCACACAGCGAUGCAAAUCUACUAAGAGAGUUGCUCAGCACAAGGGAGCUGCACAUAAGCUGGCCCUGGAACCAGAUUCUCCUUGCUCUUUUCUGUCAGCAGGUGAAGAUGCUGUUGUGUUUGGCAUUGAUCUACGACUAGAUCGCCCUGCAACUAAGGUGGUUGUUGCAAAAGAGAAUGAGAAAAAAAUUGGUCUGUACACUAUCUACGUUAAUCCAGCUUCAACACACCAGUUUGCAGUUGGAGGCAGAGACCAGUACAUCAGGAUAUAUGAUCAAAGGAAGAUAAAUGAGAAUGAAAAUAAUGGAGUGUUAAAGAAAUUUUGCCCAUUUCAUUUGAUGAAUAGUGAAUCAAAAACAAAUAUUACGUGUCUUGUGUACAGUCAUGAUGGAACAGAACUUCUGGCAAGUUACAAUGAUGAAGACAUUUACUUAUUUGACACAAGACAUAGUGAUGGAGCAGAGUAUGUUUGCCGAUACAAAGGACAUCGGAACAAUGCUACAGUCAAAGGCGUCAAUUUCUACGGCCCACAUAGUGAAUAUGUGGUGAGCGGAAGUGAUUGUGGUCACAUCUACCUGUGGGAGAAAAACUCUGCUCAGAUCGUACAGUUUAUGGAAGGAGACAAAGGUGGAGUGGUAAACUGCCUGGAACCCCAUCCACAUCUGCCAGUAUUAGCUACUAGUGGUCUGGACCAUGAUGUUAAGAUAUGGGCGCCCAUCGCUGAGAAUCCAACAAUACUCAGGGGCUUGAAAGAGAUGAUGAAAAAGAAUAAACGAGAACGAGACGAAGACAGCAUACGACAUGGUGAUCACUAUGAUACGCAGCUUUUGUGGUUCCUUAUGAGACACAUGAGGCAUAGACGGCCACAGAGGACUCGCCAUGGACAGUUAGGGGGCACUGAAGGAGACUCGGAUGAGUCUUGGACCUCUGAAGACUCUUCUGAUGAGGACGACAUGGGCCCAGAUCAUGUGCAGUGCAUGUCAUCCUGAGCUGAGAAAGGAUAAAACUUAAAGUUGAGGCGUGGAGUUUGCAGUAAAAUACACAGCUUUGCUUUGUCACCAGUGUCUCCUUGUUCAAUGGUGCUAUUUAAUCCAAUCUUCGAAUGACAGAGUGUUUCAGAAAACAAAUUUGCCAUGCUUCUUUGACUACUUUUUUUUUUUUUUGGUAAGUUUGGGAGAUGUGCUGCUCUUCACUGCCUCAUACUGUUUGCUCACAUGAUCUCUGCAGCUUCAUCUCCAGCAGCACCAAAAUCAACUGACUGUCCUGAACAAGAGUCAUUUUGUCAUUUGUCAGGCCUUUUCUAUCUUGUCAUUCAACGCCAUUGUGGAAAAUAAGACAUUUUUCACAAAAUAAAAUUAAAACAGCAUGCACAUGUUUCAUGUUUAUUGAUUCAUUGGAAAAAAGCAGAAAGUGUUUUUCUCCAAGUCAGUUUAAUAAACGGCUGGAGUGAAGUUAAUGUAGAAGUCACAAUAAACAUAAGAAAACAUAACUGCAUUUAGCAGUAAUAAGAUCUCCAUGUGUAAACAAGUUUCUGUUUAGAACAGAAAUUGGCUUUCAAGCAAUAUUGAACAGAAGACCGUGACAAUAAAGGCAGCAACACGUGUGUGACUUGAAACAGGAAAGGCAUUGUUGCCUUUGUUGUAAAGGUAACAAAGAAAAACAUUUUAAUACUUAAAAAUGCUUAUGAGAAAUUUAAAAAGCUAUUUUUUCUGUUUGCUAAAUUUUGAGAAAAUUUAUUAAAGCAUAGAGAAUUUUGCACAAGAUGAGCAUUAGCAAUGGGCAUAUUUCUUUAUUUAUUGAAGUCAAUAGAACUAUAAUCUAUAAAUCUCUAUAAUUUCUAAGACCAUAAUCUUACAUUAAGACUAUGUUGUAUCUGAAAAUCCAACAGCAGCAUUUUCAUUUACAGUAUGUCCAGCUGGCAUGUUUGAAAUGACCAGUACAAUAACUGUUGUAAAACAAGUCCAGGUGUAUUUAAAAAGUAAAGGAAAUUGUUUAUAUAUUAAAAAGAUUGAAUAAAGACAUGCACCAAUUGCAGUAAAGCUAUA